AAAACAUGUCACUCGCCGGUCAAAUAGCUAUUGUCACUGGAGCGUCUCGUGGAAUUGGACGCGGUAUUGCAUUGCAACUCGGCGAAGCUGGAGCCACUGUCUACAUCACCGGACGUAAGCCAGAAGAAAGCCUGAACAGCAAAGUUGGGCUUUCAGGGCUUGAGGCAACUGCCGAUGAGAUCACAAAGCGCGGUGGAAAGGGAAUCGCGAGAUUUGUGGAUCAUCAGAAUAUGGAAGAGGUCAAGAAUUUCUUCGAAGUUGUGGAGAAAGAGCAUCAAGGGCAGCUCGAUAUUCUCGUCAAUAACGCUUAUCAAGGGGUUACGGCGAUCUCUGAAAAUAUGGGAAAACCGUUCUACGAAACUGACCCAUACGUUUGGGACACCAUCAACAACGUUGGACUCAGAAACCACUAUUUCUGCACGGUUUACGCCGCCCGUCUUAUGACUGCCCGUAACAAGGGACUCAUUGUGAAUGUUAGCUCGGGAGGUGGCCUUCGUUAUCUCUUCAACGUGGCAUACGGAGUCGGAAAGCAAGCGUUGGACAGAAUGUCGGCGGAUACAGCUGUCGAAUUGAGAAAAAAGAACGUUUGCGUUGUCUCAAUCUGGCCUGGAGCCGUUCGUACCGAGCUUGUCGACAAAAUGUUCAAGGAUGAAAACGGAAAACCACGUCCUGAAAUCAAAAAUGCCGAGGUUUUUGCAAACGGAGAAACAGUCGAGUAUCCGGGAAGAGCAGUCGUCUCUCUGGCAUCAGAUCCACGUAGAAUGGACAAAACCGGCAGAAUUCUGAUCACUGAGGAUCUUGGAAAAGAAUACGGAUUCGUUGAUAUCGACGGACUACGGCCACCAAAUCUCCGAUCAGUCAGCUUCAUUCUUAAGCAUCUCGGUUGGAAUACCACUGCUAAUUUCGUACCAACUUGGGUGAAGCUGCCAGGAUGGCUUGUUUGGGCUGGAAACAGCAGAUUGUAAAUAAAUGUAUUGUCUUGUUGAAUUUUUAUUUAUCUCAAAAAGAAUGAAAUAAUAAAGUUUAUAUUCAU